UAGAACGUCGAAAACGCGACGGGCGAAUCAUGUCGAUGAUGAAUUCUCGAUGAAGUGGACGGUUGGUCGUUGGUGUGCUCUCUUCACCUGUAUUUCCUUCGUCGGUGGAGUGACGCUCGUCGACGAGACGUCGUAUUUGUUGUAUCAGAGCGACGGAGCGAGUGCGCGCUCGAUGAGUCUGCAUGUGCGGACCUUCGUGUCUGAUUGUUUGCUCACCUACUGGGACUCGAACAUCGCGUCGUCGGAUUACCUCGUCUUGCGUAUCGUUAGAGGAGUGAUUAAUCUAGAGAUUAGCAGUGGGUCCGAGCCGGUGGAGAUUCGUUCCGAUGUGAGAGUGAGCGAUAAUGUGUGGCAUGCUGUCAUGGUGAGCAUAGACUCAACCGUUGCUAUGCUGACGGUCGAUGGCAACGUCGUUUCAAUGAAUUUCUCAUCGCCGUUAAGACUCUCUAGCUCUGUUUACGCGGGGGGAAUGAUAGCGCCGUCGCAUACGGCGUAUUCUCUGCCCACAGUUGGCGCGUUGCCGCAAUUCAUCGGCUGUUUGGAUGGAAUUAAGAUUUCAGGCGUGGGCGUGACCUUGGUGUCAUCUCAUGGGAUUGUGUCUGGAUGUGCUGAUGUGUGUGAGAGUAAUCCGUGUAGGAAUGGAGGAGUGUGCAUCAAUUUUUAUUCGCACUUCACCUGUCAGUGUCUCUCGACGAAAUUCGGAGGAAGUCUGUGUGAACAGAAGUCGCCGCCCGUCUCAUUCCAAGGAGUCGAAUACAUCCACUACGACGCCCAAUACAGCCCUCUCCCCAUCCAGCCGUUUGACCUCCAACUCAUACUCAGAACUACAUGGCAAGACGGCCUCAUCGUCGCCGCCCUGUCGUCACAAUCCACCCACAUAACCCUCACACUCAACGACGGCAAACUCGUCUUCCUGUACGUUGUCGAUAACAACAUUGUAGCACAACUCAACAGCACGUACGUCGCCGACAACGUUAAACACAACGUACGCGUCUACCGGAGUACGAACAGUGUGAAUAUCGCGAUCGACAGCGUGACCGUCUCGACGCAAACACUGCCACCCAUGACGUCCCUCCUCGUCGUCAACCGUGAUGUGUUCAUCGGCGGUGCAAUGCUCCUGUUGUUGAGCCGCCCGUCGUCAUCACACGGAUUCAUCGGCUGCCUCCAACAAGUCACAGUGAAUGGCAUCGAUAUGACGGCUUUAGUAUCAUCCGGUAGUCACUCGAUUUCCUCAGUCGGUCACUUCAAUUUUUGGUGUCCGUACGAACACAUCGUGUCCGUCAAUAUUCCCGAUGAGGAUUCCAGCUUAGUGCUCACCGACUGGCACAACGACACGUUACUGCUGUCGUUCGACGUUCGGACUCUUCAAUUUCAUUCGGUGCUUCUCUACAGUGCGACACGAUAUCAGACUCAGUCGUUUGAGGCACGGAUAUCGAACGGGCACCUCCAGGUGACGAUGCACGACGAAUCGGAGUCUGAGAUUGUGAUCGUUGUGAUUCCGAUCGACGACGGUCGAUGGCACUGUGUCCGUAUCUCGCAUCAUGCAUCGACGUUAGUCGUCAAGGUUGACAACAAGACUCAGUUGAAAGACAGUGCUGUGGCUGGGAAAGUGUUGUCGGCUCUUCGGGUGUCUCCCUUGUUUGUUGGGAGCCGUCAGGCUGUUGUUGGUGCGGCCGUUCCUGCUCAGCAGCAUCGUGGAUUUUCUGGGUAUCGAGGGUGUGUUCGGAACUUGAAGACGAAUGGUCGUAAUGUCGAUGUGUUUGGGUUGGUGGAGAGAUCGGGUGUGAGAGGGAGAGUGUUUUUCGGAGACUGCGAGGAUGGGAAUGAUUGCGGGGUGAAUCGGUGUCGAAACGGUGGGCGAUGUUUGAGGCGGUACGACCGAUUCGAGUGCAACUGUACUGCAACGGGAUAUACAGGAACAUUGUGUCAACAAGCUAUUCCCAGUGACUCGAUCUCGUUGCUUAAGUCUUCGUCAUCUCUUCACUCGUCUCUUCCGUCGUCAUCCGGAGAUACCGACGAUUCCAUCAGCGCGUCAUUCGAAUUCAGGACGACAACACCAAAGGGUCAACUCAUCAGCUUCACACAUUCGUUGUCGUCACGUCCAUACAUAACGCUGUUUAUGUUGAGUCAUGAUGUCAUCUCAUUGAUAUUAGCCAACAGUGGAAAAACCUUUCAGCUCUUUCUCGAAGUCCCGUCGGGUAUCACCGACGGCAGAUGGCAUUUUGUACAAAUUGGAAUCGACUCGGAGAGAAUGGGCCUGUCUGUAGACGUCAGUACGCAAGUCAAGUAUUUCUCAUCGGAGUUACAAGUGGCGAUGCCACAGUGGGUGUUCAUUGGUCGAUCGGUUUCUCGUCAUGUUGAGCAACCGACCAGCAGUAUUAAGGGUUGUGUACGAGACUUGACGUUUGGGCUAAACAAAGUGGAUCUAAACCGUGCCAUCGCCGUAUCAUUAUCAUCACACGAUGUACAGACCGGCUGUGUUGGGUCGUGUAGCUCGCUGCCUUGCCUUCACGGCGGACGAUGCAUAGAGGGAUGGGGAUCAUACACAUGUGACUGCAGCAGCACGUCAUACACUGGCCGGUUAUGUGAAUCUGCUCAACCAAGCGUCGCCCUCCAGACGGACAGCUCUGUGACAAUCGUCUUCCCACCGACAUACGAACCAUCUUCGUUCGCUGACAACAUAAAGUUUGGGUUUCAAGCCGCAAGGGUGGACACGUCCGGCACGUUGCUCUUCGUCCACAGCUCCACAACAAACCAAUACGUUCUCGUCCAGGUGAUCCCCGGAUAUUUCAUCACAAUUCUCAGACUCAAGAACGGAGAGGGCGUCGUCACGAUUCCCGGGAAUUUCACGGAUGGAACUGAGCAUGUGGUUGAUAUCAACCGACACGGUGCUAAGAUAACGAUCGAAAUAAGUGGGAAAGGCACUCAUUUUCAAGAGCUACAAGGCAGUUUUUCGUUGUUCGAAUACGUUGAUGGUUUAGUUAUCGGAGGAAUCCAGCGGGUGGUCUCCAUGUCGAACGUCACCGCCAGCAUCUCGUUCCAAGGCUGCAUUUGGGGCUUGAAUUACAACGGUCUACAACCGAUGCAGUGGCUUCGCACAGACACGUCCCUCCAGUACGACGGCUUUUCAUUCCAACUCAAAAAUGUCGUGAUCAAUACAUGCGGAGCCAUGCCCAUCCCAACCACGCCCCCUCCUAUGACGUCAUCACGCCAUCAAUCGGGUGUCACGACAGACGAAACUAUGCAACCGUCUGAAAUAUUGGGACCCCAAUCGGGAUCAUCCGGGACAUCAAUGAUUAUCAUAAUCAUCGGAACGGCGUGUGGUGUGGUCAUCACUCUCGUUCUCGUCGCCGUCGUCGCCUACAAAUGCGUCCAACGACGCACAAACGACUCAUACGAGAGCAACGAGAACCGUACGGUCUCACUCAGUCAUUACAAGGAGACCGACCUACCGGACGUCACACCGUAUGACGUCGAAGGGACAUACGCGGAACGCACGUCACCCGACAACCGAGCUGUUCUCAACGGAGGCAACCACUACGCACAUGAUCAUAGACACCGACGAAGCUGGAACUCCGAAGCUCCGACGUCUGAUCCUCACGCAGUAGAUGGCAACCAUCACCAUGGCGGUGACCAUCACCAUGGAAACACCGAUGAUAACCAAGUCGCCGUGUCAUCGGCACGACGACUAAAUAGCAUGCGGGUUAACCCACAGUCGGGACAGCAAGAGUGGUUUCUAUGACCGUCGGACGUGUUGGGGGUUUGUGUUCAUUCAUAUUUAGUUACGAAAUAUUUUGCUAACACGACGAGAGAGAGAGACUAAAUGUCGAUGAUAUACGACUGACAUGUGGACCAAGUUCUAUUGGUUGUGAGAUACACAUGUGGUGUAUAUUGUUAAUAUUAAUUAGGUAUUUAUAUUGUUGAUGUGCACGUGUGGUUGUGUAAACGUAAACGUGUCGUUUAUCUGGAGAGACAACAUAGAUUUCUUUACGAAUCAAUAAACUUCAGAAACAAUACAAUCCAGUGUAUUUGUGGGGGGGG